UGAUCGACCACACACUACCGCACAGUAGGUGGCAGCAUGCACAAACAAAAUGUGCGAACGCCAUGAUACCGAAGAAGAAGAAGCUGUGCCUGUGUAUCGCUGCAGUGCAUUGGCAAAGCGACAGCAACGCAGGAUUGUAGCUGCUCAGCAAAGAACAUCUCAGGCGGGGUUGGAUAGGACCCUAUCGCUGUUUCUAUAAUUUUUAAAAUGAUAUAUAGAUCGACUGGAGAGUGUUUGAAUUUAAUUGGAUGAGAUUGUAACCAAGCCAUUUGGGCUCUUAAAAAAAAAAAAAGAUAUAGGCUAUUUGUUUUGUAUUGAUUUAAAUGACCCCGACUCUCACCAAUGGUGUAAGCUGUGUUCAUCUCUGCCUGGGUAGACCAUUUUGAUCACCGGGUAUUUUUUAUUUAAUUUUUAAUAUUUUUUUAAGUGUUAUUGUUGUGCUCUCGAAAGGGAGUCCCUUUACGGAAUACAGCUGGAUUGCUUAGGGGAAUCUUCAAAUCUGUCUGGGCUAGGAGGAGAUUCGAUUUUUUUCCAACCGGGAGUGGGGGAUAAUAUGUCCAGGCGAAAACAGAACAACCCCUUCAAAGUUAAUUGGCCCUUCCACAGCACCGGCUUUGCAGGCCCCCUCCACACUAUUAACAUGGAUGGCAGGGAUGAUUUCAUUGAGGACAACGAGUGCCACAGCAACAACUCCCAACAGGACAGCAUUUCAGAAGACAGUGAUAGCGACCUGGACAACCACGACUCGUCCUCCAACACCUCAGCUGACGACCACAUGACCUCCACCAAGAGAACACACCACAGGGGAGUUAAAGAAGAGAGCGAGGAGGGGGCCGACCUGAUGAGCAGCUGUGUGUGUCCUCUGUGCACCCUGGAGUUCAGCAGCCCCGAGCAGCUCAUCACACACGUCUACCAGCACACAUCGUUGAUGGGCAGCAGUAAGAGCUACGUGUGCCCAGUGUGUGGGCGUGCGCUCAGCUCGCCAGGCUCCCUGGGGCGCCACCUUCUCAUCCACUCUGAGGACCGCCUCUCCAACUGCGCUGUGUGUGGGACACGCUUCACCGACACCAACAACUUCAACAGGGAGAAGCUCAGAGAGGUCCUGAACACAGGCAGCAGCAUGGAGUGCAGCAGCGGAGAUGAGAACUGUUCCAUGUCCCGGUCUCUCUCCAGCAGCCCCAUGGGCAACCCCGGUCAUGGCCUGGGACACGGCCAAGUCGGGCCACGGCCACAACCAUGGCCCAAACCAAGGCCCAGGACACAACCCGGCCGUGACACAGGCCACAUCCCGGGACACAGCCACGACCAGGGAUACAACCCCGGCCACAACCAAGGACAUGGACAUGGCCCAGGACACGGCCAAGGUCCCGGACACCUCGCAGGCCACCCACUCCCCUCGCUGCACCACAGCCUCCUCUCUUCGCCCCCCUCCUUCCCUGAUGCCCUCAGCCCCUCACCAGGCCUACCCCUGCUGCCAGACAUCCUGAGCCCCAUGCCUGUGCACCCGGCCGGAGUGCUGCUGGUGUGUAACAGCUGUGUGGCCUACCAGCAGCUGGUGGACGCCCAGUCUCCCAUGAGGAAGUGGGCCAUGCGCAGAAAGAAUGAGCCGGUGGAGGCACGCAUGCACCGUCUAGAGCGCGAGCGCUCCGCCAAGAAGACCAAGCGGGAGCACGAGUCGCCCGAGGAGCGGGAGCUGCGGAGGCUGCGGGACCGUGAAGCUAAGCGGAUGCAGAGGCUGCAGGAGACGGAGGAGCAACGGACACGGAGGCUUCUGCGCGACCGGGAGGCCAUGCGGAUGAAGAGGGCCAACGAGACGCCAGAUAAGAGGCAGGCCAGGCUGAUCCGUGAGAGAGAGGCCAAGAGACUGAAACGGCGGCUGGAGAAGAUUGACCCCUCCCUGAGAGGUCAGAUAGAGCAUGACCCAGCUGCUAUGGCCGCCCUGACGGCAGACAUGAGCCUGUUCCAGUUCCCCUGCCCCAUGCCUGUCCCCUCUCUGGACAACGGCCUCUUCAUGAAGCUGCCCUAGCAGGACCAGGCCACUGGGGGCAGCACACUGAACAACUAACAGUUACAAUGACCUCUCCACUACGCCUAUGGGUUGCCAUGGUCACAGAUGGAACCAUUCCAUGCUGGUUGAAAUUCCAGCAGCUUCUGUGUCCAACGACUUGAUACCCAAACUCCUAUGUCAACAAAUAACAUUAAUUUAUUACAGACUAACAGGAAAUAAGAACAGGGUCAAGAAUGUUUCACUUUAUGAUAGAAAUUGAUAAAGCAUGUUGUAAAGAGAUUUUAUCUGUUCUGUUUUGCGGGCUAGCAGACUUUUAUUUAGCAGCCCAUUGUGACAGGAGCAGUUACACCCUUCCAUCUUUUGCACAUGGACCAUCAGUGGUGGGAGUGGGUCACGUAGCCCAUAGCUCUCUCCCUCUCCUCUGGUCCCUUCUGCUAGCCCAGUGGCUGGAGUUUACUGGUAGCUACACCUCUCUCUGUCUCACGCUGCCAACGUGGGUCUCUGCUCUGGCUAGCUCAUAUCCACCCAAUCAACUACCUCAGUAAGGGCCAAGGCCGAGCCCUCUGUGGCCUACGUUCUGACUCCAAGCUUCUUUACACGUACACUACAGAAGAGAAUGCGGGUUGUUUCCUUAAUUUGUGGGUGUGUUUGAUAUUUUUAGGAUGUAUUCACAGGACAGAACAUUCAGAAAGACGUAGUCAGAAAUGUACGGUAUAAAACAGGAAUGAUAGAAAACGGGCCUGUUCUAUACAUCACAAUUCUAUCUGCUAUGCUCUGAAUAUGCUGAACUAUUUAAUGAGCCCUGUUUUGAGCAACAUUCUCCUCCAUUCCAGCAUAUUCUCUUCAACUCAAUAUAUACUGCCACUACUGUAGGUCUCUUUGCCUUUAUUAGUCACAUUGACCUUCCUCAAUCUGUGUUUUUCCCUCGUACCUUCAACACUCCAUAACCUUUGCCAAGUAGUUGGUAAUCAUUUCCUUUUUACUUUAUGCACCUUCUGUUGCAUUGACAUUUUUGGCUCACCAAACCCCCAAUCUUUGCUGCUGUUACUGUUCUAUACAUGUUAGUUACCUCACUAGGGCAUUUGGGACUGAACAUGUGAACUGAGAAUGCUAAUUUACUAGCAUUUUUCUAAAUGGCCCAAAUAGUCAUUCUACUGAAUGAUUUCCUUCCUCACUCAGCCAACAUAUUGAAAUAUGCUCAUAGGUCUAUGUGUCAGGAUAAAUAAUUUUGUAUAUUUUGAAUAACUAAUCUCUGCAGUUUCCACUCUCCAAUGAACAUGUUCAAGACUCAUUAUUAAACCCGUUGACCCUCAACCAGUUGGGAGAGAUAUCUGGUCUUACCUGCUUCAUUGACCUCAUUCCAAUUCAUAUUUAUGCAACAUGUGAAUAUAUAUUUUGUAAAAAAUAAAUGGGUAUAUUUUGUUUGUUGGUAUAUAAUAGGUAGAAUUACACAUUUUGCCAUGUUUGGUUCUCUACUGUAUGUAUUUCUGUUUUUUAUUCUCUUUGGUAAUUUGUUCUCAAUUUCUUGCCUCAAAGGUUACCUCCGAUACGCAAUGUUUCACAACUGAGCUCUGCAGACACAUAGACAAUGUUACAUGAUUAGUUGUUGUUUGGAGUAUUCCUCAAGACAGGAACCAAGACUGGUUCUCAGUUUGAGCCACUACCAGGCUAAAGCCCACAACAGAAUAGCAUCCCGCUUAACAGGGAAAAAGCUCUUAUAUUCUAAUUGUCCUUAAAAGUUGGAGUCUAGGAGUGGUUCAAACCUCUAUGCAACAGUGCUAUUUAUUCCAAGGGAAAUUUGACACUUUUUCUUUUAAAACUAUGCAGAGUGCAGGAAAAAACCAAAUGGACUCAAAUGUAUAGAAAUGUGCAACUCAGGCGAUGCAACUCAGUGAGGCCUCUUUGGCCAUAGAUUCAGCGCCCUGGUCCAUGAACUUCUUUUCAGCAGGGUCAUAUCACUAUCCUAAUUUAAGAUACACAGAGAGCAGAGCCGUGCUCAAGACAAAGUUGUCACACACUCAUUAUCUUUGCUACAAAAUCUAUGUAUUAACAUCUCUGCCAAGUACUGAACGAAUGGACACCUUUCAAUAAUGAAUACUGGGUAUUCUGACUGAUUUGAACUGGCGGCUGAUAUCAGUGUCAUCAUCCUCACACAGUGGAAUAAUG